CGCGAAAGCUCGGCCUCACGAGGGAUCUUUGUUUUGUUCCAGUGCACUCCGAUUCUCGCUAUUUUCACCCCUCCCAAUGCUCUCCUUUCUCUCGCUAUCAUUGCGUCAUUGUUUUGAAUGGAACUUCCUUCCCAUCUUAUGUUACCACUGUUAGGAGGGAAACUGGCAUUUCAUCUCCGUAAAGGGAGAGUAAAAUAGUGGAGGCGUGUGCUUCAUCAGCCAAUCGUAACGCUCGGUGGCCGCGAGACCGCACAUGUUUACAGGCAGCAUUCUGCCGGUAGAGGCACGGACACCAGUGAAACCUCUGCGGAAUGGAUUUCACUUGCAGAAUCCGGAGUUGAUCAGCUUUGAGAUCGCAUCGUAUUUUCUCCGUGAAACUUGCUUUUGUUGAUUAUUACGUUACAAAGACACAUUUUGCAACUCUUUUUUGUCAUUGCAAUUGUUUCGGUUUGUUAUUCGGUGUUAAGAUGGCCCUUCGCUCCGAAAAAUAAUGAAAUCCUUUCCGUGAUUUUCCUGCUACUAGCGAGCUUAAGGGAACGGCUACAGGAAAACAAACAGGUCGAAUGAAGAAAGAUCGGUGGCCGGUCGAAUGAAGAGGUUGACAGGCUGUGUGGAGUUCUGCACUGCAAGCGUUCGAAGGCUGCGUUUUUAUAUUGUUUUUACAUUUGGUAGCUAGCAACGCUUUCGACUUGAUCUUCUGCAAUUACGUUUUAUUUGAAGUUGGAGCGAACCUAAUCGCUAGCUUGCAAGCUAUGUUAUCACUCGCCAACGUUCACUUGGUGCUUUUAGAUCAUAGUCCGUCUGCUGCAGGAUUUUGUUAUUUUGAUGCAUUGACUUGCGAUUUAAAAGUCGACGUUUUCGGCCGCCAUUGAAUAGUUAACGGUCCGUAUUUGAGGGAAACGUUAUGCAUUCUAGGCGUCUGGUGAAGCGUUCUAUCCUCGGGAGCCGAGUUUAUGCGCCUAGCCCGACGGGAGACGGGGCUGUGAUCACAGGAGUGGUGCAGGCUGUCAAACAGGAAAACAAGGAUGCUUCGACUGGACCUCGCCGAAACGUGUACACGGUGCUGAUGCAAGACGGAAGCCUGAAAGAGUAUUCCGAAGACGAGAUUGCAGUGGGCCCCGCUCAGAUGACUGCAAAAGGACCGCUGAAGUCUAGCUUGAAGCAGCAGAGCUCCUGCAAUGGUCGGGACCAUCCGCCAGAUUCCCAAAAAGGCGAGGCCAACUGCCUGGCACCGGAGCCACCGGAGGACCCGCGGGGGCCCGACUGCAAGUCCGGGGACCACGCCCGCUCGGUGUCCCUGCUCGAGCAGAAGCGCAAAGUGGUCUCCUCCAGCAUCGACGUCCCGCACGCCAGGAAGUCUGAGGAGGAAGUGGACAUGGACAAGGUGACGGCGGCCAUGGUGCUCACCACCCUGUCCACCAGCCCGCUGGUCCGGAGCCCGCCCGUCAAAGUCAACGGUGAGCACCUGCGGAGCCGAGCUCACACGCGCCACCACAUGAUGUCUGAAGGGUGCCUGGAAGACGGGCUUCACCGUCCAGCUAAGAGCAGCGUAGCUGGAGUGGAGCGCCAGCGACCAGUCAACCUCCACGCGUCCCGGCCCUCUCCGCGCGACAGCUUCAAGCCCUUCCGCGCAGCCGGGCUGGAGCGCGCCGACGACGUCACUCACGAGCCCGGACAGAGCCCUCGCCGCCGCGGGGCGCCACGCCUCGCGAGCGAGGAGCAGCGUGUCGACGAGCCCAUCCCCCGCAAGCGCAAGAACUCCAUGAAGGUGAUGUUCAAGUGCCUGUGGAAGAACUGCGGGAAGGUCCUCAGCACGGCCGCAGGGAUCCAGAGGCACAUCCGAACCGUACACCUGGGGCGUAACUGCGAUUCGGAGUGCAGCGACGGUGAGGAGGACUUCUACUACACGGAGAUCAAGCUGAACACCGACUCGGUGGCCGACGGGCUCAGCAGCCUGUCCCCCGUGUCCCCGUCGGUGCUGUCCCCCCCUCCGCCCCCGCCCCCCGACCCCAGGCACCCCGACGGCGGGGGCGGGGGAGGGGGCGGAGCCAAGGUCGAGAGCUCCACCACGCCCCUCAGCCGCUCCGCCCCCAGCACGCUCUACCUCGUCCACGCCGACCACGCCUACCAGGCGACCGCCCCGGUCACUAUCCCCAGCUCCACCAACUUCACCCCCAGCAGCUGCAGCAGCGUCAGCAUCUCCUGGCAGUCCCCUCCCGUCACCUUCACAGGUGCCUCUGCCUCGCCGACUCACAGUAAGCCGCAGAGUUUCGGGGAGCAGCGUCCGCAGUCCAUUGCAGUGCUCUCGUCACCCCCUCGAGCGUCUGGCUCGCUCAGGAAGUCCCGCGGGGAGGGGAAGAAGUGCCGCAAGGUGUACGGCAUGGAGAACCGCGACAUGUGGUGCACGGCCUGCCGCUGGAAGAAAGCCUGCCAGAGGUUUGUGGACUGAGGACCGGGGGGUGGGCACUCCGUGCCGUGAGGGGCUAAAACGGAGCCCGUCACCCACCGCUCCCACCCACCAGCACCCCCGCCCCCCUGCUCUCCAUCUGCCCUGGGCUGGGGUGGAACUUCCAGAGGCGUCCCCCCCCCCCUGUGGACCGAGAGCCAGCCGCCCCCUCUGAGCGCGACCGCCGCGGAGGACGCCGCGCGCGGCUCUGGAGCCGCUAACCGCUAAGCGUCUUUUUUUUAUAUUCCUCUUCUCCUCUUCUCCUCUCUUUACUUGUUUCUCAAGCUCUGGUAGCGUAAAACUUUUUUGUCCGGCAGGAAGGAAUCAGCAGUGAAGCUAAACAUCGAAAAACUUUCCAUUUUGUAUGGAGAAUACCUUUUUUUUAGCUUUGGAAAGGUGUAAAACAAAAAACAAGAAAUUUAAAAAGGACGAGAAAAUCAUUGUUUUCCAGAGGAUAAUUCUUCGUAUUUUAUUCCUCUCUGGUUGACGUUGCUCCUUGUCCGUACUGUAGACUGCUACUGGGGGCGCCUCUCUCAGACUGCAGGCCCCACUGGCCCCCCCCCCCAGGGAAUGUAACACAGUGUUUGGAUUUAAGUGAGCGGGAGAGUGGGAGAGCGCCCCCUAAUGGAAACAGACUGAUGCAAAAAAAAAAACAAAUGAUAACAAAGACCAGGAAAGAAGCCGAAAAAUUGACCAGCAAAUAUCCCUUGUCUCUGUCACGUUUUUCAGCUAGCGACUGCUCUCAAACACACACGCACACAUACACAAACAAGCGUUGUUUUUAUGCGUGUCUACUGAUAAAUUCUUUUUUUUUUCAGGGAUAAGGUAGUAGAAAGCAAAACCAGCAGCUACAUUUAUAUAAAAAACUGUUUUCUGUGCUCUCUGGUUUAUAUAGCACCGAUAUUUACUCGCAACCAAAAAAUUGUAUUUACGUGUCUGAACCCCGCCUCCCUUCACUUUUCCUCUUGUCAUUGUUGAGUGGUGCGUUUUUGUCACAGUAACUAUUUCGAACAACUGAAAUGUUGUGGAAAAUGAAGACAAAGCAAACUUCCCGGCAAUAAGAAGGUCAUCCGUAAAAAGGCCACUUUUUUGCCACCAGAGGGUGACCAUCCUCUGGGUCAGUCCUACCGUUAUUGAAUUUAGACGGGCUGUGUUUUUCCACUCUGCACAGACAAAACAGGAGUCAUCAACUGAAAUUCUGUUUUUCAGUUCUAAUAAUGUUCUUUAUCAGCUCACAGUCUUCACCACAACAUAGCGGUUUCACAGAGUAGACCUAUAGGAGAUUAAUAUCUGUACGCGGAAGAGCUUAAUACCUGUACCCUAAAGAGAACCUCUGCCCUUCUGUGAUUCUACUUGUAUUAUUUUGUGUACUAUAGACUUCAAAAUAAGCUAAUCCUAUCCAAUGCAAGAAAUGAUAUCGCAGGUCUCGAUUGCUUCGCUAAGCAACUGUUGAACUUUGCACACCAGAGAGGUUUAGAGAAUCUGCGAUGCUUUUAUAGAAGAAAUCCAUGAGGGGAGCCAUACCUUUUUUUUUCCAGUACUGAUAAGCUUGACUGCGAUUAGUAUUAAAAUAAUAAUAGAAAACGUUAGGAAUUUUAUGUAUGCUUUGUGAAAGCAUGUAAAAUCGGCGAUUCAUGGUGAGGUCGUGUGUGACCUCUGACCUCACGAGCACUUACUCCACCGUGUCCACUCGGUUUGUCUUAUUCUGUCACAUGGCAGGGCCAGCACGGAACAGGAAGGACCUGGGAAACCGUUACCGCUUCAGUCACAUACUUUCUGUAGUUGUAUUGUGAAGGCCACUCUGCACUUAGCUCUCACGUGGCUCACUCUGGCUGCGCUGCGUGCGUUUCAGUUCGGUGUGUACGCCGUAGAAACCGACCGGCGUGAAAAAGACCAACCGCAUCGUUGCGACCCUGCUGUGAACCUGGCGCCCUGCCCAGGUCAGGUGAUUCCACUGGGUAUUCAGAUGGUCUUUCCACAGGACCCAGAUUAUGAAGAAAAAAAGACAUUUGGAUGCUCAUGAUGAACAUUGGAGUUUGGCCAUUCAUCACUGGCCUGAAAUUUUGUCAAAUAGAUGAAAGCUGGGCAGGACUAGUUUAUAUAUUCUGCAGUUUUCUUGGGCCCAGAAGUUGUUCUGUUAUUCUUUGAACUAUUCUUUUUUUAUCCUUUACUUUGAGCAGUAUGAUAUUUCUAAAAGUGUGUUUCCCUGAUCUUGUUUAAAAUUUUAAGUUUUCUCCAAACCGAAUCUGAAACUUGUUCUAGCUGAGCAAGCAUAGAUCACAAAGCCAGUGUGGGUGACUAUUCCUCUAGCAUGCAGUAUAACAAUGUAAUUUGUCUUUUUAAAACUCUAUUGCAGAACACACACACACACACAUGCUCCCACACACACACACACACACACACACGUAUCUGGUACAUGUACUUUUAAGCAAAAGUUAGAUUUAUCCACUCACCUAAUUAUUCAUGUUUAUUAUCCUUUUUGCACAUCUCGUUUUACCAAAAUGGCAAAGCUUGCAAGCUAGAUUCCUGAAAUAACUGUGAAAAUUGGCAUUAUAGCACAGGAGCUCAUUUGAAAGCAGCACGCCCAUAAAAGAGCCUGUGUGAGAAGUAUCUGUGCUUGCCCUGGUCUUGGGUGAGCUGUGAGCUCACGCCCCAGAUGCAGUGGAACUGUGUCUUGGGUAGCCCUUGUUUGACCUUACGUAGGAGGGCAGCCGGUUUUCCUACGUGUACAUCUAUAAAGGAGUACCAUAAGCUAAUAUAUUUUUAUUUGAGAUCUUAAAAUAACUGUUGUAGUCCCACAGACCUCGUUUCAAAUAAAUAAUUCAAAGGAGAUAUAACGCAAAGCAAUGAGAGACACCCUAGUGAAGCAUCACACACUUGCAUAGAGCACGGUUUUAUGUGUUUUGGUCUUGAGAGAAUUCAAAUUCAACAGAAGAAAAUCACCCAAACAUUUGCAAGGGAAGAAAAUGAGAUGUUUCUUUUUUCCCCCUGGUAACAGCCAUGCAAACCAUAAACAAAUCCGUUUCGGAAAACGAUUUUAGUGCAUUAAGCUAAUUAACAAUGAAAGUGAGCUAACAGCGGCACACGGUUCAUUGGCUGCCCGAGGCCCUUGCCCGCUGCUUUGCCUUGUCCGUCACCCCUGUGUCACGUCGAAUUGAAUCUCAAAAGUUGAUAAUCGAAGUAAAGCCAAGGCUGGACAGCGAAGGUCUGUGUGAUGCGGUAGUGAGGGAAAGGCCGAGGUGCUUGGCUUCACGUGUGGCAGUUAUAUUCGAAGGCAGCCAUCUCCCCAUCUGAUGCAGCAUGCAGGAGAGGUCUCAAGGAAACACUUUUGGUGGCCUCCCUCUUUCUACCCUGGAGCCAUUUUAGAAUGACAGGCAGAGAAACGACACCACUUGUGAAGUCUGGGGGAAAAUCCAUAUUUUUUUGCGGAUUCUUAAUGACUUGAUAGAACAUUACCACAGGCAAGGAUUUGAUUAGUAAUAUAUUUGCGUUCAGUUUUAAUGAAUUGUCAUGAAACUAACAGAUGGGUUCUACAAACAAAAACACUUUCUCGAUCUUAAUGGAAGCCUUGUAGCCAGAGUUUUACCAUUGAUGCUUGUUGACAGUGGCAUUUUAACCAAGAACAAGCUAUUCUGGAUAAUAUUGUGAUGCUGUGGCAAUAGUAGCUACAUUCUUUCUUAGGAGUCUGGGCCAUCAGUGUGGUAAAGUUAUUCUGGAAUUCACCUCUGUUAUGCCCCACACAUUCACAGGACACACCCUACCCAAACUGUGGUGUCCAAGCCACUGGAAUGGGAUGCCUGUGGAAUUGGUGCUUUGCUGGGUAGAACCAUAGUAUCAAAGAUGCCAUUGACCUCUUCCCCAAAAAUGUUUUAUGAAUGUGCAUUAUUAUUUCCAGUACAUACAAAUGCAUGCCUCAUCUAUUUUUCAAUUUUUUAGUCCUCAUUUAAACAUUCAUGCACACGCUACACACACACACACACACUGUUAAAUUUCACCUCAUGAUUCCAAAUUCAUACACACAAAGAGCUGUAAAAUCUACAAAAAUGGUUUUGUGGGCUCAGAAAUGGAAAAUUUGAGAAUAUCAGAAAAAUGUAUUAUACCUCUGAGAGUGAACUUUUCUUACUCAGUUUGGCAAUGUGAGGAUUUCUUCCUGUUACUAGCUAGCUGUGGAAUUGGCUGUCUGCCUAACAAAACAAAAAAAAACUAAGAAAAAUAUUUACUUUUGUUUUUUAAUUUUUUAAUCCCCUGUAUUUAUAAAACUGGUGUUUGCUUUAGAUCAUGUGAUAUAAUCCAUUAUAGUCAUUGCAGCAUAAAGAUGCUUGACGGAAUCCCAAAACCCUGAUAAAAUGUUGCGUUUUUUUAACCGGGCAUGAAAACAUUUAAUUCCCUUCAUCAAUGCGCACAACCAAGAAGCUAAAACGGAAAAGCAGCGUCAAGGAGCCUCCAUUAAAGUGUGUUAACGUAACAAACCGAUUUAAACACUCCUUUGCAUUCUAACACUGAGAAUGCAUGCUUUGGAAUUCAUUAGAGACAGCAUUUAAUUUCUGUUGGUUUGUUUUGUUUUUUAACCACCUGCCAAGUGUUUGCCUGGCUGGACACGAUAAACAAACAAAAGCACUUUUAAAAAGCCUGAAGCAAAUCAAAUAAGUAGACAAUAGACUAUUUGACCAAGUUACAACCAAUUGUAUUUUAUACCGCAAAGCUAAUUCGGUCCCAAAACUGCCGUGAAUCACAGAAAGCAGCGCACAUAAAAAGGAGAGGGCAGCUGAUUUUUACGAUUUUUAUUUAUUUAUUUGAUUUAUUUUUUCGAAGGGAAGGGAGGGCAAAGCUAGGUAGAAAAACAUCUCCAGCACCGAGUCGCUGAGUAAAUCGCCGCGUUGUGAUUCUGUCAAAUCCUCCCUCUCUCUUUGAAGACUGGGCGGCGGUAUGAGGCGAGCCUUAUUAGAUCGGUGGUGUGCAAGCCUGGCUUGAGUUCUGCCUAGCCCCAGCGGGCGGCCUCCGGCACUCGCUGUGUGUUCCCUGCAUUGAGAACGGCGAAGCCUUUGUGCGCGUUUCGAAUCGACAAACAAUGGCGCCAGCAGGUGGCCGCGGAGAAAUCUCUGUAAAUACGCUGCCGUGCGCGUGACUGGACUGUACUCAAGAAGAAGCAUCCCAUGACACGCACAGUGGUCAGAGGUGGAAGUAGGGUUGCCAGAUUUACAAAAAAAAUAGGCCAAACCGGGAAUCAUGCACACCCACACACAGGCGACAUAGAGCAACUUUAAGCUUGAUUGCACAGUGGAGGAGAGGAUGCUGUCGAUAAAUGGGGGGAAGUUAAGAAGGGGGUGAAACGUGUAACACUGCAAACGGAUGCCAUGCCAAACUAACGGUCAAAUUUCAACCAGUUGAGUUAUUCAGACCGGGAAUAUAUUGUCCGUUUAGGACAACGAACUGGACCUGAAUUUGAAAACCUGACGUUUCGGUCCGUUGUCUGGCAACCCUAGGUGGAAGUGAGGCGAAUUAGAAGGUCGGUGAUUAACUAGGAAUCCACCAGAGCACUGUGAGGGAAAUGUUCGAAAUGACCAGCGGCAAAUUCCUUAUUUAAAAUUCUUAAAAUUUUGUUUUUCUUUUGAGGAGAAUAUAGUGGUCAGCUGUUCAGAUAAUUGUCUGGAUUCCUGCUUUCAGCAACCACCAGGAUGCAGUCUUUAAAGUUGGUUCUGCUGUGAAACUUAUUCAUGAAGCCCAAAUAAUCAGUGGAAGUAUGAAGUGCCUCAUAGGAGUCUGACAUUUAAGAGGAGUUCUGUGAUGUCACAAAAGAAAGCAGGGGUUUCCUUCUUUGGGAGUGUUUCCAUGGAGCAUGUGAUUAUCGACAGGGCGCGUUUUGAAUGCUCCUCCCGAUAGCUGAACUUUUAUGGGGUUUUUUAGUCAUUUGUCUGAAUGGAGGCUUCAGGAAUGUACGGGGAAAUAGAGGAGUCUGUGCCUUGGUGAUGUGUGACUGUGUUGUAACGCACAGGAACGAAAGAAUGUCUCUGGUGUUGGCUGGUAUGAGUUCUACGUUUUUCUGUCGGUACCCAAGCGAAAAUGGGGAGACCUUUUCCAUGCUUUGUGUACAAAAGGAUCUGCUCUUUACUUAUCAUCCUGGGACUGGGUCGUUUGAACCAAUCAAAGGUGAUGGAGUCUUUUCCCCCAACAUUACCGGGUUUCAAUUCUCUGUACAAUACUCUUGUCAUUUUUGUUGUCGUUUUCUUUCUGGUUUUCCAAUCUUUAGAUCACCCCUUAAGCGAGAUUCAUAGACUUAGAGCACUUAUGUACAAAGAACACUGCUAUACAAAUACGCUAUUGGAAACCUCAGCCAAUACAGCACUUCAUCUUUGGGAAAACCAGGAAUUCCUUCUUAUUUUUUAUUCUUUAUUUUUUGGAAAAACAAAGGGUUAAACGAGUGAGAUCACCCAUCAGAUCCAGGGAACUUGAGAUAGACUCCCACAGCAGGAGUAUGAGUCAUUCAUUUACCUGUGGCGAAUACAAAAAUUCCCUCUGUAGUUUUUCGGUCAAAUGAACAGCAGUUCCUCACUGUGUCCAAAAGUGAUAAUUGGUCCGUGCCUCAGCCCCCCAGGAGUCGGUGUGAUUUUGUGACUAGGGGGGUUUCAGGGAUGGUCCCUGGGCUGCGGCUGCUGGGUGCAGUUUUGACUAUCCCGGAAAUUUGGGCUUUCUUCACGUGGGAUCAAAUGUAGGCAAGAGUUCCGCUUGGAAACGGCCUACACACUCAGAAAUGAUUCUGCUGUGAGGGAAGCCACAGGCCUGUCAACUCAGGCGAGUGCCCCUCAGUCCAUGUUCUGUUUUCGGACACCGUCAGCGUUGUGGGUGGGAGCAGCACCUGACUAAUGGCCGGGGAAGCGUCCAUUUUGUAAACGGGUCGGUACGUUCGGUUCUUUUCUACAGGAGUCGUACAGCGGUUUUCCCUCAUCAAUGUGAACAUUAGCGACGCCGAUAAAAGUCUGAAAUCUGCACGGGGAAGUCUCAGCGAUGGGUUAUCUCACUCUUCUCAACUUAACGACCGUGUUAACCUCAAGAACUCAACAACUGUCGCACUGGAUUUUUACACUUUUACUAAUAUCCUACAACUGAACUGUAUUUUUCAUACUUGCAUGUGCAUGCAAAAAAACCUAAUUAAUAUAUAAAUGUGUAUAUUGUGAUGUGAUGUCCAUGAAACAGGCAGAAGGCAGGCAAUAAUCAAAAUGGUUAUUUUGGGGACGCAGUCAGUUGUGAUCCCAUUCCAUUGCACUUAAUCUUCCAGUUCACUUUAGCAGAAGAAGACACACCCAUGUUAAGUUGAAGCUUACUGCGACCAUUUUGUGCAAAAAGGCUGAAACUGAUCCAGGGUCGAUGUUUGUGAGGAAGAAUCUCUCUGAACAGCUUGGCUCCUCCUCCCCUGGAGAUGGUGCUGUCCGAUUGGCUGGCUGCUCUCCUGCUGCACUGUCGGUUCUGGGCACUCAGCCAAAGGGUUCUGCAGGCAUUCUCUCCUGAGAGACUGUUGAUCUUUAUGCUAACACAAUACAGGAAGUGUGAGCCUUUUUUAUUUUAUGGUAAGGUUCCACUAAAGGAAAGUUCCAUUGGCUCUUUGCGACAAACGUUAAAAGGACAAAUUGCCUGCAUUCUUCCUGCACCGGGACCCACAGUGAUGUUUUUAUACGUUUGACGCUUUCCUAUUUUAAUGUCUUUUUGUGUAAGAGGCAAGCAACUCUUUGUAACAUUCCUCACAUUGAACAGUAUAUUGUACAACGUUGAAGGAGCCACUGGGGAAGGAACGCUUUACACUACAGUAUACUGUGUUCUAAAGGAAAACUCAGGACGUUUUGUCAAUACAGGCGACCGUUGGCAGGGAGGUGGAGAAUGUGAAUUUGAAGCCAUAACUGACCGUGCUGUGCAGGGAUGCCCAACUCCUGGCCUUCUCGUCCAAGCGCUCGGUAAAAUGUUCAGUGCUAAAUCAACUCUCACAGUGUGCAUAUGGUCCCAACUGGACUCGUAUUUACUCCGUUAAGAGUUGAAUUAACACUGGACAUUUUACUGUGUGGGAUUCUCUCUCAUGCUACCAGCUGGAACAAGGACUCGGUUCACCCAGUCCAACCGCACACACUAAUCUGUUUUAGGUGUUGAAGGGCCGGCUGGGGUGAUGACAGAAGCGGGUUUUGGGCGCAGGAGUUGAGCACCCCCCUAGUCAAGGAAAAUGGUGUAGCGGGGAUCUUGAGAUAUCAGGAAAUUGCUUAUGUUAGGGUGGUCACUCCUCAAACACUGUCAGAUCCAGACACAGUUUACCUUCAGAAGCCUUGCUACCGAGGUCUCACUCACUCAUUUGGUUCCUCUGCAUUUGUCUGUUGUAUACAUUUGGUUAUGCACUUUUUCUAUCCUUUUAAACUAUCGGACACAUUACAUAAGAAGUGUCCAGGUAUUCAAGACACUCCAUGUUUUUUUUGUUUGGAGAGGAAGCUGUGCAGGAUUGUGAUACCUGCAGAUCCCAUCUCACGACUCAACCUCAAGAUUUAUCUCCAUUCUCAUUUCAGUCCAAGUUUUUUUUCCCCCCCAGCGUGUUUAUACAUGAUUUGAUGAAGUCCUGUAUGGGUCCACAUUACAUUAAAAGGAGUAGAUGUUCUGGCUAUGUGAGUAGCUAGAGAAGCAAAUUUUUUGAGUAAAACCUAGGGUGUAGAUUAGGUUGCAGACAAUACAAAUAUGAGAGGACUACCCUAGUGAAAGACGUUUUGAAAAUGACCACAUCAGCCCUCUGUGAGAUAGCCCAGCUUUCACAGAUGUGAAUUUGUGUCGAUGUGAAGGAAUGAAGCAGUCAUAAACCUGUAGAGCUCUGGCUAAGCCUAGGCAGCUUUAGAGGUCACGUUAUCCCCGUUUCUCUGCUAAAACGGUUUGACCCUCUCCCUGGGUACAUCCGUGAUUCUGAAUAUCAGGCAGCAAGCUCUUUUUUAUGAUUUUUACAAUUAAACAUGAAAAAAUAUACAUCAGCUGGACUAAAUCAUAUAGCAUUUUUGUGUGUCCUUUUUGUUUUAAUAAAAACACAUUUUAAGAAAAUGUAAAGCAAUCUGGACCCUUAAAGACAUGUAAAGCUUUGUAAUUCUAUGGGCUGGCUGGUAUAUGUUCAGCCUCUUAAACCUGUGGAUUAGGUACAGACUGCUAUAGAAUUCAUUUCAUAUCUUACAUAAGCCAAGUGUUUUGAACUCCUGCCAUGGAAGGAAAUGAUCAUUCUCCGCAGAAUUGAUUUUCAGAGCCAGUCUUUCUCCAUAGUAUGUUUCUGAGCCCUUAAUGGGGGUCUUGUCUGUUGAGCGCAGUCUUCGUCAUUGCGGUCAGUUGGCUUUCUAUCCCAGAAAGAAAGCAAAGGGCUUCCAUACUGCUGGUCACACAGAAGCGGCCCGGGGCUGCUUCGCAGGACUAGUUACACGCAUUCGUCUGUCCUCACGCUCGUGUCGUUCGUUUCCACGGGUCUACACCUCCGGUAAAAUCAUCCCUGUCCAAUCACUCACUCGAGCGGCACAAUCACCCGCCUGGGUUCAGUGCGUGCGAUUCUCACACGCACACACACACACACACGCAGAAUACCUCAGUCUACUAAGUCUGUAACGCUCUUUAGUCCAGCAGACACACUGGGUCCGGAUAGCAGCGCUGACAGUGUUUGAGUCCGUGUCCUUUUCAGCGAUUCAGGGUUGUACUGCAAUACAUCACACGUCGUGUACAGAACGCACUCGCCACACGCGGUGUCGCACGCGCCAUCUCUCGAUGCACCAAUAAAGUUUUUAUUUUUUGAUUUUAUUUCGGUUAUUUCUACUAUUGUCAUUCUAUGCUUUAAAAAUAAAUGUUGAUUUCUUUCUCGAAAGGAUCAAAACCUGGUGACUGUUAACUCUUCAUAUGCUGGCUGUUCUAGUUAUCAGAGCGGUGUAUAUAGAUAUAUAUAUAAACUGCCGUGGUGUCGUACAACGCUGACGUUGUCUUCCUGGUGCUUGUAAGUGCAGCUGUUGUCACUUCCUUUUUUGUGUAAGACCCCCUCGAGGGUUUUCUGUGUUAACUAUGAGCUCCUGGAGAUCAGUCACUGAGAAUAAAGCCUUUUGGCAGUUGUUUACUA